AUGGGUGGAGAAACCCCCCAGCCCUUCCCCGCCCCAGCCUCGAAGCCACUCCCCCAGCUCGCUGAGCGCCCAGUCGGCCGGCGUAUCACCAAGCUUUACACUGAUCGGUUACGCCAGUUUACUGAUACGGGCGCUUAUUCGGGUCAGAACUUGGUGUCGAAAUAUUUCGAGGCUGUGAAUUCAGACGAGGACCAUGUCAAGUUAUCGGUCUAUUCCGUCCCCAACCUGCAGCGACCGACGUUCGAAGAUGCAACCUCACAGGAGUUUAAACCCACCCACAUCGGCGCCUCCUUUGGUCCCAGCUGGUCCACUCAUUGGAUCCGCGUUCGUCUCACCGUCCCGGAGGACAUGCGCCAGAAAGAGCACCUGGAGUUCCACUGGGAUGCCAAUAAUGAGGGCAUGGUGUGGACGGAGGAUGGCCAUCCUCUGCAGGGUUUGACCGGCGGCGGAGAGCGUAUCGAAUGGAUUAUUCCUGACGCAUGGCGUGAUGGCAAGCAACACACAUUCUAUAUCGAGAUGGCUUGCAACGGAAUGUUCGGCAAUGCCCCGGGCGGUGAUACCUAUCAGCCCCCAAGCCCGGAUAGAUACUAUACACUGAGCACAGCCCGUAUCACAGCUGUGAACCUCGAGGCACGAGCGCUGUACUAUGAUUUCUGGGUCAUCGGUGAUGCCGCCCGUGAGUUCCCCGGGGACUCCUGGGAGGCUCACGAAGCCAACAUGGUGGCCAAUUCGAUGAUCGACGUCUUCAUCGCUGGCGAUGGAAGCCAAGAAGGUAUUUUAGAGGCGCGCAAAGUCGCCAGACGAUAUCUGGGAGACAAGGUGGAUUCGUCCGAGGUCUACUCAACCGACACCACGCCCGUAGCUUAUGCUAUCGGUCAUUGCCACAUCGAUACAUGCUGGCUAUGGCCAUGGGCUGAGACAAAGCGAAAGGUAGCGCGGUCAUGGUCGAACCAAUGUGAUCUGCUGGAGCGCUACCCAGAACACCGCUUCACCUGCUCGCAGGCGCAACAAUUCAAAUGGCUGAAGCAGUACUAUCCGUCUGUCUUCGACCGGGUGAAGCGCUGGGUGAAGAGAGGCCAUUUCCAGCCUAUUGGUGGCAGCUGGGUCGAACACGACACCAACUUGCCGAGCGGCGAGUCCCUCGUGCGACAAUUCCUCUAUGGCCAAAGAUUGUUCGAAAGCUACUUUGGCAAACGAUGCACAACCUUUUGGCUGCCGGAUACGUUUGGAUAUUCUACUCAGCUUCCCCAGCUCUCUCGCCUGGCUGGCAUGAAUCGGUUUUUCACCCAGAAGCUCAGUUGGAAUAACAUCAACAACUUCCCUCAUACUACCUUCCGGUGGGUCUCUCUUGAUGGUAGCCAGGUGCUCUGCCACAUGGCUCCUGCAGAGACUUACACAGCCGAAGCCAAUUUCGGCGACCUCAGGCGCAGCAUCACACAGCACAAGUCUUUGGACCAGGAUAAGACGUCACUGCUUGUCUUUGGUAAGGGAGAUGGCGGCGGUGGUCCCACGUUUGGGCAUCUGGAGAAACUACGCCGCUGCCGAGGUCUGAGUGACCAGACUGGCUCCCUGGCCCGGGUACAGAUGGGAGGCUCGGUCGAUGACUACUUCGAACAACUGGAAGCAAAGGCGGCCAAUGGUACGCAGUUUACAACGUGGUACGGUGAGCUAUAUUUCGAGCUUCACCGGGGCACAUAUACCACCCAGGCCAAUAACAAGCGCAACAAUCGCAAGUCAGAGUUCCUGUUACGCGAGAUUGAAUUCCUAGCCACACUGGCGACUCUCCGAGGCUCCGAUAAGGGCUACAGUUACCCGAAAAAAGAAAUCGAUGAAAUGUGGGAGGGCGUUCUUCUGUGUCAGUUCCACGACUGCCUUCCUGGCAGUUCCAUCGAGAUGUGCUACGACGACUCAGAUGAGCUAUACGCAAAGGUCUUCAAGACUGGUGCAAAGCUGCGGAGAGAUGCUCUGGAAGCUCUUGGGAUUAGCGGCCACGCGGCUAGCGAGAACUUAGUCGCUAUUAACACUCUACCGUGGUCUCGUUCUGAGGUUGUCAAGAUCCCCAAAACGCUGACCAGCUCCAAUGGACCCGAAUAUGCCCUGGUCGAUGGGACCAAUGGAGUUAUUCCCUGUGCGGAAGCGGAUUUCAAUUCCACUACCUCGGCUCUGGUGGGUGAGAUCCAACCGGGCGUCUUCCGUCUCAUGAAUGGCAAGCUCAGAGUCGAUGUCCAAGAUGGCGCUAUCACGUCGCUUUUUGACUUGGAAGCAAACCGGGAGGUUGUCGCCAAGGAUGGCAAGGCGGGCCAAUUCGUCAUCUUCGACGAUAAACCACUUGCCUGGCAAGCAUGGGACGUCGAGGUCUUCCAUCUCGAAUCCAGGAAAGAGCUGCGCAGCAGCAAGACAGUCAUUGUAGAACAGGGGCCACACCGCGCCAGUGUCGUGACCGAGACCAAGAUCAGUGACAAGAGCUGGGUGAAGACUACUAUCAGUUUGUCAGCUUCUGUGUCAAGUGAGCCAUCGUAUGUGGAAAUGGAAAGCGAGGUUGAAUGGCAGGAGACGAUGAAGUUCCUCAAGGUCGAGUUCCCCGUUGAUAUCACCAACACAGAGGCCUCCUAUGAGACUCAGUACGGCAUCAUGCGCCGACCGACUCACUAUAACACAAGCUGGGACAUGGCCAAGUUCGAAGUCUGCUGCCAUAAAUGGGCGGAUCUCUCUGAGCACGGAUACGGCGUUUCGAUCCUCAAUGAUUCCAAGUAUGGCUUUGCUACAUCUGGAAACGUGAUGCGCCUCUCGUUACUUCGUGCUCCAAAAGCCCCUGAUGCCCACGCCGACAUGGGUCGCCAUCACAUCCGCUACGCCAUCCUACCCCAUUCUGGUGGUCUUGAUGCCCGCACCGUACGCGCAGGGUACAACUUCAACCACCCGCUUGUCCUGGAGCGAGCAGGCCCGAAGGCCUCCGCAACAGACUCGAUUUUCAAGUCUGUGUCUAUUCACGGUGCUCCGUCUCUUAUCCUGGAUGCCGUUAAGCGUGGUGAGGACGACGAAGAUGUUUCGACUGGCGAUCUCCCCUCACGACCUGGCAAGAGUGUUAUUUUGCGCAUUUAUGAGUCGCUUGGUGGAAAGGCUCGUGGGUCUAUUCAGAGUACUCUCCCUGUCAAACGGGUCUGGAAGUGCAAUAUCCUCGAGGAUGAUGAAGAGGAGCUGGAUCGCCGAGAUGUGGAUGAUGGCUCCGCUGUGGAUAUUGAGCUGAGGGCUUUCGAAGUCGCUACAUUCCGCUUGCAACUGUAA